AUGAUAACGCUUGAUUUAAAUCAACAUAAUCCAAAUGAUACAAUUCCAGCCGAUGUAUCCAUCAGGCUAAAUGAAGUGAUUAAACACAUUUUCAAAUCUAAAAAAUGUACAGUAUUAACAGGUGCUGGUAUUUCAUGUAAUGCCGGUAUACCUGAUUUUAGAUCUUCAAAUGGAUUAUAUAACUUAGUUAAAUCGAAACAUCCAAGGACUGUUGUUAAGGGGAAAGAUUUAUUUGAUAUUAGUUUAUUUCGUGAUGAAAUUAGUUUAUCUAUAUUUUGUACAUUUAUGGAAUCAUUAUAUAAAUCAAGUUUAAAAGCAAGACCAACUGAAACUCAUAAAUUUAUUAAAAUAUUAAAGGAUAAGAAUAAAUUAUUAAGAUGUUAUACUCAAAAUAUUGAUUCAUUAGAAAAAUCAAUUAAUUUAAAUCUAGGGAUUAAUUUACAAGAAUUUGAUAAUUCAAAGAAAUUUAAUGAAAUUUGGAAAUCUCUUGAUGUUGUUCAAUUACAUGGUAAUUUACAUAAAUUAAGUUGUACUCAUUGUUUUAGUAAUUUUGAUUGGAAUAAAGAUUAUCAAAUAUUAUUAUCUCAAGGGAUAAAUCCUCAAUGUUCAAAUUGUUAUGCAAAAUAUGAAGAACGAUUAUAUUCUGGGAAAAGAAUAACCGGGAAUAUUGGAAUGUUAAGACCUGAUAUUGUAUUAUAUGGAGAACAUCAUCCACAAUCAGAGAUAUUAUCACAAGGAUUAAAUGUUGAUUUAAGAUCAAGACCUGAUUUAUUGAUUAUAAUGGGUACUUCAUUAAAAGUUGAUGGGGUUAAGAAAUUAGUUAAAUCAUUAAGUCAAUCUAUUCAUGAUAAGAAUGGGAAAGUUAUAUUUAUAAAUAAAACUAGUCUUUCUAAACAAUGGGAUAAUUAUAUUGAUUAUGAAAUUUUAUGUGAUUGUGAUGAUUUUAUUCACAUUUUGAAAAAAGAGAUUCCCGAUUUGUUUUUGACUCAAGAACAAUUAGAUUCAAAGAAAUUAAAGAAUAAUCAAAUACUGGGGGAGGAUAUUAAAGAGGAGAAGAAGAUUGGAGUUAAACAAGAAAAGAUAAUUAAAUCGGAAAUAACAAUAAAACAAGAAAUAAUUAAACAAGAAGUAAAAGAAGAAGAGGGUAGAAUAAUAUUAACCCCACCAACUACUCCAUUAAAGAAAAGAAUAAGGCCGUCGAACCCUCCUACAUUGAAAAGACAACAACAACAAUCUGGUAAUAAGAAAAUUAAAACUGAAUCUAGACUAGCAACACCAACAUCUUCAUUUAAUGAGGAUGAGGAUGUGGAUGAUGAUAAACCAUUAAAAGAUUUAACUGAUUCUCGAUUAAACCGAGGAACAGGAAGAAUGAAUAUGAAUAUGAAAAAAGAGAUGAGAAAUAGAUCUGUAAUUGUAAUUGAUUGA